AAUUGUUUAUUUACAUUUUUGGCGGCAUUUCGUCGAAAAGAAAAAAUUAUAGAAGUGUUGUCGAUUAUAGAAAUAUAAAAUGGAACCUUGUGUUAUAGAAUUUAUAGGUGAAAAAUCUACAAUCGGUGUCAUACCCAAUUUUUCAUUUGAUCCUUUGCAUUUGAUAUCGGGAAGUGUAGGACCAUUUCGUGCGGGUAUGCCAGUGCAUGUACCACUCUGGCUGGGCAUCCAUUUAAGAAAACAACAAAAAUGUCGUAUUGUACCACCCGAAUGGAUGGAUAUGGAUCUAUUGGAAGAAAUUAAAGAAGAAGAAAAGAGAUCCAAAUUCUUUACAAAAAUGCCCAGUGAACAUUAUAUGAUAGAAGCUCAAUUAAUUAUGAGUACUGCUCCCGAUGAUGUUCCCAGAUGUGAGGAAAUACGUACAGUUAUCAAAGAUAUAUUCGAUAUACGCGAAUCGAAAUUACGAACUUCCAUUGAUGCCUUUAUUAAGGGUGAGGGUACUUAUGCAAAAUUGGAUAAUUUAACUCUAUUGGAAAUGCAUAGUGUUCGUCCAAUUUUGCCGCACUCCUUAGAUCAUAUUGCGCGUUAUCAACGCACUGCAGUGGCCACACAACGUGACACUUCCUCAUUGUUGGGCAUGAAUUCGAGUUCAAUGAAUUCUAGUUCAUUUUAUACACAAUAAAAAAUUAGUAUUACAUAAUUAGUUGUAAAAAUAAAUAAAUUUGAAUUAUAUUUUAUUUGAGAUCUCCAUAAGGCUAAAAAAUACCUAAAAUUGCUUCGACUUUAAAAUAUGUGUUUCGUGGUUUGUUCUGGUUAACCGCUUGAAAUCAAAUAUAGCAUUAGUUUAAUCGAGCUCUUAGGGCAAGUCUAAUGUUUAUGUACAAUAUUUUUACAAACAUCUCUAAAUAACCUUCACACACUUCUAUUAUAAAAAUUUUAAGAAAACAAUUGUUUUUAAAGCUUUUCCUAAGAAAAUUGAUAAAGUAUAGAAUAAAAACUACACAUGUAUUUAGCUUAUGGAAA